UCCUUUACAAAUAAAACUCUCAGUACUGUAAGCCUAUCAGUCACCAUGAUAAUGAACAGCACCAUGCACUGCCCGUCUUCCCAGAGCAACAUUGCCUUCAUCCUCGUCCCAGCUGUCAUCGUGGAGUUCCUGCUGGGGAUUCCCGGGAACGUCAUCGCCUUUUGGAUCUUCUGUUUCCAUAUGAAAAUCCGGCGGCCAAGCACGGUGUACCUGCUUAACCUAGUGCUGGCAGACUUCCUGCUCAUCCUCAGCCUGCCAUUCAGGAUCGACACCCUCCAGAGAGGCGAGUACUGGGUGUUCGGGGACACCAUGUGCCGCAUCAACCUCUUCAUGCUGGCCGCGAACCGCUCGGCCAGCAUCGCCUUCAUGACGGUGGUGGCCAUCGAGCGCUACUUCAAGAUCGUCCACCCGUACCACAGGAUCAACCAUCUGUCUGUGAAGCAGGCUGCUGCAAUGUCCUGCGGAGUCUGGGCUUUGACUUUGACUCUGACAAUCCCCCUCCUGACCAGCGAGCUCCUCCAGGAUCACAACGGCACAUUAUUGUGCCGCAGCUUCAGCUCUUACAACAUGAUCCCCACGGGGAUCCUCCUGCUCUAUCUCCUAUACAUUGCAGAGUUUUUCCUUCCUUUCUCUGUGCUGCUGUUCUGCACACUUAGGAUCAUCUGGGUCCUGAAGCGCCGGAAAAUGAACAAGGACCGAAAGAUCAGGAACGCCAUCAGGGUGGUGGUGGUGAUCACAUUGAUGUUCGCCAUGUGCUUCGGGCCGGGGAUCGUGACCGGUGUGACCGCGCUCCUCAUCAAGCAGCUCAGUCCUAAGGACUGUGAAUCUUUCCGGGUGGCGGGGGAGUGGUUCAGCGUCUCCAUCGCUUUCACCUACCUGAACAGCGUGCUGGAUCCACUCAUCUACUGCUUCUCCAGCACCAUGUUCAGGAACACUUUGAAGAAGUCCAUUAACUGCCUGGGCCUGUGCCAGCUGGAGGUGUCCAGGAGUGGCAGCACCACCAACAUCUCCUGAGGGGUUUGCUGGGCUAUAUUCCACAGCACCCACAUGUCUUAUAAUGUAUAAAGUGUGUUCAUGUGAAUUCUGUAUUUUAUAUAUUGUAUAAAGUGUGUUCAUGUGAAUUCUGUAAAAAUAA